UUCAUCACUUCUCUUUCCACCACUGCCGACCAAACAGUUAAGAAGCGGCAUUUUUUUGAAUUCAACAACAAAGUGAGCGGUUAAACGCUGGCAAAUAUAAAGUCCUAUACGUAAAAUUGAAUAUUUUUAAUAAUUCCAAAUCGAGAUAGAAAAUAAAGAAGUGAUCGGAUCUAGGAACGCCGAUGGCGAUCACCAUUUUAUUUGGAAAGUUGGAAUUCUGAGUGUAGUUAAGUCGUUUUGUGUUCGUACCUUUGUGCUUUGUAUUCGUGUUCCGCGAAUUUAUAAGAUAAAACCUAUAAAAUGUCCGCGAAAGGAUCCCGAUCUAUCCAGGUGGCCAUUAAAGUGCGACCCUGCGAGCCAGGACUCUCGCGGCUGUGGCAGGUGAAGGAGGGCCGCACCAUCCAGCUAGCUGACAGCCACGCGGAGCCCUGCGUUUUUGAUUAUGUCUUCGAUGAGGGUGCCAAUAACCAGGAGGUUUUCGACCGGAUGGCUAAGCAUAUAGUCCACGCCUGCAUGCAGGGUUUCAACGGAACCAUCUUUGCUUACGGUCAGACCUCAUCCGGAAAAACCUAUACUAUGAUGGGCGACAACAAAAACCCGGGUGUGAUGGUGCUGGCCGCCAAAGAAAUCUUCCGACAGAUCUCCGAGGAGAAGGAUCGUGACUUUCUGCUGCGUGUGGGCUAUAUUGAAAUCUACAACGAGAAAAUUUACGACCUGCUGGACAAGAAGAACCAGGACCUUAAAAUACACGAAGUCGGCAACGGAAUGGUGAACGUGAAUUGUGAGGAGUGCAUAAUAACAUGCGAAGAUGACCUCCUCCGCCUCCUCAGCAUGGGCAACAAAGAACGCACCGUGGGCGAGACUAACAUGAACGAGCGCUCCAGCCGUUCGCAUGCCAUCUUUCGUAUUAUCAUCGAAUCACGCAAGUCAGACCGUGCCGAAGACGACGCUGUGAAUCAAAGUGUUCUGAACCUGGUGGACCUGGCUGGCUCUGAACGAGCAGACCAAACUGGUGCCACCGGUGCUAGGCUCAAGGAAGGGGGACACAUCAACAAGAGCCUGCUCUUCCUAAGCAAUGUCAUAAAAAAUCUGGCGGAGAGGGAGAGUGAGAAUGGAGCCGAGCAAUCGAGUAACAAGUUCAUUAGUUUCCGGGACUCUAAGCUCACACGCAUCCUUCAAGCUUCACUGGGAGGAAAUGCCUUCACUUCCAUCAUCUGUACCAUCAAGCCCUCGAUUCUGGAGGAGUCUCAGUCGACGCUUAGCUUUGCCAUGCGCGCCAAGAAGAUAAAGACCAAGCCCCAACUGAACGAAAUGGUGUCUGAUGCAACCAUGAUGAAACGGCUUGAACGCGAAAUAAAGGACUUGAAGGAUCGGCUUGCCGAGGAAGAGCGCAAGAACGAGAGCCAACUGAAAGUGCAGGAGUUGGAGCGCUGCAUAAAACGGGACAUGCUCAAGAUUAUCUCGAGCACAUCCCUCAGCGACAAGCGGCUUCAGAAACGUCGUCGUACCUGGUGUCCUGGCCCGGAGAAAAGUGCGGAAACCCAACAGGAGCCAAGUGCUGGUCUGGCAGAGAGCUCUCAUCAUCCUCCACUUUCCAAGCUCUCUCAUCUACCGAAACCCACGUUUUUUCCCAAUUCCCAUAUUACCGGACGAUUAGACAAGGCGCCGAAGACGAUCAACAUCCUGCAGUCAUUGGCCUUGGGUUCCAAUGACAGUAGAAUCGACGAGGAAUUCUUGCCCGCAGACUGUAUCGACUUUGAUGCAGUACCACCGGCUAUCCAGAAAACGAAGUUGCACAGCAUGCUGCUACCUUUGACCCCUGUCGCAAGUGAGAUGAAAGGUGCAACUAUGGAGAGGAUCAAGGAGAUCCAGGAGCUACAAACAUUCACAAAAUUAGAAAAGCACUUCGAUGUGGAGUGGGAGAAGUCGCAGGUGCUUCAGGAGAAGUUGGAUCAAGUCACAGCCGAGAAAGAUCAGUUAGAGCAAGAUUGUUUGACCAAAGAGCAGCGAUGUGAAGCUCUGCAAACGGAGGUCAGCGCUUUGAAGACGGACAACUUGGAAGCGAGCGAUAAGCUAAAAUGUUACGAGGAGCAGCUUAAAGCUCUGAAGGAUACAAUGGCCAGAUUGGAGGUGGAAAACCGUGAUGCAGUCACUCUGGAAUUCCAGUUCAAAUCGCAAAAAGAAAGAUCCGCCCAACGGGAAAAGGACCUUCUAUCCGCCCUCUCAGAAAAGGACGCGGCCAUAGAGGACCUUAAAAAGUCCCUUGAGGAAAUGACUCGGGAUCUUCGCAACAGCAAGGAAGAUCUCAUGCGCUCCAUGUGUCAACCGGCAGAGUCUCAGGUCUGCCACAAGUGCGAUGAGCUGGAAGAGGUCGAACUUAGAUCGAACAACUUUGAGAAACAAUGUCAGCAACUGGAGGCCGACAACCAGCGACUCCAGGUGGAGAUGGAUACUUUGAAAGAGAGUCUCGAAUUGGAGCAGAGGAAGCUAGCUGAAUCUUCAAAGUUCGAAUCGUUAGCAGCAGAUUGCAAGGAGGAGAAUGAGGCCCUCAAGAAACAAAUCACGGAUCUGCAGAAUAGUUUGGAAGAGGUUGAACUUAGGUCGAACAACUUCGAGAAGCAAUGUCAGCAACUGGAGGCCGACAACAAGACCCUCCAAGUGGAGAUGGAUACUUUGAAAGAGAGUCUCGAGUUGGAGCAGAGGAAGCUAGCUGAAUCUAGCAAGGCGGAGAGUGAGGCUCUCAAGAAACAAAUCACGGACCUGCAGGCCAGCUUUGAUGAGAUCCAGCGGGAAUAUGACUGCCUCUCCAAUCAGCUAAUGGAAAGUGUCCAGGAGAACGAUGCUUUGCGUGAUGAGCUCAAGCUUCGCCCAUUAAGCGGCUUGGAGUCGAUGAAGAGUUCCGGAGUAGGCAUGGAGAGCAGUGUAUAUGAGCCAGAUCUUUCAGGAGAGUUUGCUAGAAUUUCAGAUUCGAUUCACCAAAUAGAAGUUCAGCUUAGUUCUGGUUGUAGCCGCAUAUUCCGAGCUAUGAAACUUGAGAAUAGUCAAGAUCAGGGCAUACACCUCCUUAAGCUGUGUCUGCAGUCUGCGAAAUACGUUGAGGAUGAAACUUCUCCAACGGAUUCUGGCGAUUCCACAGUUCUCAAAGGAUUGAUUAAACAGCACCGAUUCCAAAUCAUUAGAUCCAGUGAGGCGCUAGUGGAAGAAAGAUCAGCGGAAGAGGAACGACUGCACGCGAUUAUUUCUCAGCUCCAGUAUGAGAUUAAAGAGAAGAAUGAUCUGCUUAAGGAGGAACUGGUGAAUAUUAACGAGAUGCGAGAACAGAUAAUUACCCUUGAGUCGGCUCUUCUCGAGAAGAGCGUCAUCGUCAACAAGGUGGAGGACUAUCAGCGGCAGAUUGAAUGUCUUGAGAAGCAAAAUGCAGAGAUUUCGAUGGUGUGCGAGGAGCUGCAGGAGAAGGCCCUCAGGGACAGUACACUGUGUGAAAGUAUUCUUCGUACAGAUGAGACCCUACCGAGUCCGAUGCCGGCGCAACUGGAGACCGAAGAAAUGACUAUUCUGAAAGUUUCUCUCGAGGAACUAAACGCCAAGGUGAUUCAGUUCCAGGGAGAGCUGGACAAACAAGUGAAAGAGUUGCAGCUGAAGAAUGAGAACAUUGACCAGCUGCAGGCCGAGAUCCACGAGCUAAACGAACGAUGUCUAUCUAUGGAUGUGAGGCAAGUGGAACUGGAGUUGGAAUCCGAGGAGAAGCAGCAGCAACUCGAUCGCCAAGCACAGAAGUUGUCCGAUGAUAGAACUCUCAUCGACAAGUUGCAGGAAUCGAAUGCGAAUCUCCUGGAUCGCAGUAUUAAGGCAGAGAAAUCGUUAGCGGAACUUCAGGAGCGCUUGAAUGCAAUGGCUAGCAUACAGGAUCAAGGAAAAAUCUCACCGGAGCAGGAAAAGCAACUAGAAGAGCUACAGGAACAGCUUCAAAAUGCAAAGGAAGACCUCAAAUCCAAGACGGAGGAGAUAAAUGAUCUUAAGCUGGAAUAUUUGCAGAAGCUUGAAACCUGCGAGAGCGAGAACCGUGCCAACUUCCGCAAGUACAACCAGGAGUGGGAGGAGAGUAGGGACAAAUACGAAAGCAAUGUUGCCACAUUGAAGGAGCAGCUGCUGCAGGCUGAACGGGAGUUUGCUGAAAUGACGGCCAGCUACCAGUCUGAGCUGAAGGACAUCAAGGCCUCCCUCGAACUGAAACUUAAUGAAGCAGAGGAGCAGCGGAACAAAACCGCUGAUAUGCACCAAACUGAGCUGGAGGGGAUCAGAGAAAUCCUGAAACAGAAACUAGCAGAGCAGGCUGAGGUUGAUGUUCUCCACUCCAUGGAACUGGAGAAUGUUCAAACAACGCUAAAGGAACAGUGCAGCAAAGCCGAAGAGGAGCGGGAAAAAGUGUUGGCCAAGCUGGAGGAGAUGAGGUGCACUUUGGCGGAUGCUGUGAAUCAGAGGAAUUCCGACAAUGAAAAGGUCCUUGAACUGGAAAAGUUGAAGGGCGAGCAGGACUUGGCUCUAGAUGCUCUCAAACAAGAAAUGCGGGAGAUGGAAUCGCUUUACGAGAAGAGUCAGAAACUGGUGGAGCAGUUGCAGAUGCAGAUUAAAGCUCGCGAUGAAGACAACAGCGACCAAGUGAUAGUAGAGCUUCAGAAUAAGUAUCACAACCAGAGCAUCGAGUUGGAAAGUCUUAUGAAGGAGAAAGAAAUCCUGAGUUCAAAGCUAGAAGACGCCAUUGCACAACAGGCUGUAUCAUCGCAGAAUCUGCAGGAGGUGCAGCUGGAGUUGGAAUCUUUAGUUACACAGAAGGAUGCCCAAAAAAGUGACAUGGAAGAUAAGAUAGAAACCCUCAAAGCCAAAAUAUGUGACCUCGAAGAAUCCCUCCAAAAGGCGCAGCAGAAAGCCAUUGAACAGGAGGAGCUUCGUUCCCAAUAUGAGGAGCUCAAAGUAUCCCUCGCUGCGGCGCGAGAAUCUGGCGUUGUUAUGGAGGAAAAGGUGGUUGACCUAAGCUCGCAACUGAAGGAAGCCCAAGAAGAAGUGACUAGAAAAGAUCUCGAUGUGCAGUCCCUUCGCGAAGAACUACAGCUUGCUGUGAAAGCAAGGGAUUCAACCAGCUACGAAAAGGAAACGCUUCUAAAGCAACUAGAAGAAUCUGAAAACGAGAUAAUCAAUCAGGCUAAUAAGUUCCAAAAGCAGGUGACCGACUUGCAAGCAUCCGUAGGCGAGCUUAACUUGAAGAUACAAAGCCUUCAAGAGCAAAAGAUCGAAGUGGAGGGUAGGAACGAGGAGAUGCAAGUGAAACUAAAGAACUUCCAAAACUUGCAAAUACAGUUGGGAGAGGAAAAGAAAACCAUUGUCCAACUGCAAGAGUCGCGUUUAGAGCUGGAAAGGCAACUUCAAUUCAAGGACGCCACGCUUUCUUUGAAAUCUGAAGAGUAUUCGAGGGAAAUAGAGGCCAGACACAAGACACUUACUGAACUUAACCAGCAGUGCGAGAUACUAAGAAGCGAAACAAAAACCAAUAAGAUUUUGGAAACCCAUCUGAAAGAGGAGCGCCAGCUUGUUUCCCAAUUAAAAGAAUCUCGUAUGCAUCUUGAGGAGAAGUUGCGGGCCAAGGAGGCUGAGAUCAACCACAGAUCCGAGGAGAUCCACCAGGAAGUGGAACAGGGUCGUCGGUCUCUUGGGGAGCUUACCCAGGAAUAUCAAAAGCUACGCUUGGAAAUCGAAAAUAAAACCAGUAUUUUCGAAGAGGAAAAGGAGCAAAUGGACUUGCAUUUAACAAAACUUUCCAAGGAAAACAAAGAGAUGGUUGGGAAACUGCAAAGCCUGGAGGAGACUAAUGUUAAAAAUAUGAAACUUGUCAAUGAAUUGAAAGCACGGAAUGCGAAUAUCGAGUCCAUGCGGGAAGCCUCUGUUAGGGAACUUGAGGUUACCAAGGAAAAACUACUCGAAAUGAAUCAGAGGGUCCAAGUACUCUCUACGGAAACUGAGAAGCUAAGAUCGUCUUUGAAAACAAAGGAAUCAAGUUUCCGGUCGGAGAAGGAACGCAUGGACGGUACUAUUUCUAGUCUGCUGGAGGACAAGCGCAACUUGGAGGAGAAAGUCUGCACCCUCAAUGAAAUUUUGAAAAAGCUUGAGAGCGAACUGGCGUCUGUCCAACCUAGAAAGAGUCUAGAUCGCAAUACAGGUCUACCAGUCCCGAGAAAAUCCUUGAGCUCCGAGUUAGAGGUCCGCAGAAAUCGGCGUAUCAGUGUCCAUGAUGAGAACCGAAGACACUCCUACUGGAAUGAUGUCCGCGAAUCAUCCACCAUGACGGAUCCCGUGGAUAGUAAUUGUAGUUGCGCUGAGCUGAACUCGAAAUUAGAGACCUGCCAGCGGGAACUGUUUAUCCGUGAGAGUCAAGUGACUGCCCUCAACUUGGAGUUGAAGCAUCAUCCGCUUAAGGAAGAAAAUGCUCAGCUCAAGAAGCGGAUCACGGUGGAGCAGGAGAAGGCGCGCUCCGAGCAAAGGCGGCUCAAACAGAAAAUCCACGAUCUUACCAUUAAAAUAAAUGAUCUCUCUGAGAAGUGUGGACCAUCCAGUACGGGUCCAGCUAACAGCGGAAAUCCCUCUGUGGUCUCAACUCAAACCCAAACCGAAUCCGAACUGGAAAAGGUAAUGGAGGAAACAAACAAGAAAUACCAUGAAACUGUUCGUUUGUGUCGCUUCCGUGCCGGUCUCAUCAAGGAUCUGGAGGAGAAGCUGAAGCAAAACGAAAAUAUGGACACUUCCAACAUUUGCUCUCUAACUAAUGGCCAAAUUAGUUCCCUGAAGGCGCAAUGCGAAAGUCAGAAAAAGGAAAUGCUUACUCUCCGCGAGAAGUACGAGGCUGCGAAGAAGGUCCUGGUGCUACGAAAGGAUGAGAUUCUCGAGUUGAGGGAAAAAGUAUCUAGCCAAACAGCCAAAUAGGUUUCGAAUUUGUAACUAGGAUACUUUAUUCGCUUAAUGUAUAUAUAUAGAAUUUCAAAUGAAACCCAAGUUUUGUUUUCAAGUUCUUACAAUUAUAAACUUUAAUAUUUAAUAUGAUCCAUACUAAGUCUUAGCUGGAGGAUCCAGCAUGAGCUAGUGAAGCUACAAGCUAAUUAAUCCUAAGGAAAGGAAAUUUAUUAUAAUUUUAUGUUUUAAGUGUGGUGUUGCAUUGGUUUGGUGUAAAGUUGUAUUUAAAUGUAAAAAAUAUGUAAUUUGGGUGAAGUUCUUAAUAUAUUUCCACUAUA